AUGGCUGGGACAUCGCUCUGGGACUAUAUCUUCAUCCGUGUGUGUAUCACCGUCCUGCAUUUCAUCGCACCACUCAGCAUCGUCUAUUCCUUGGCCAACAUCUUCUUCACUCUACCGUAUCAAAUCCCGCUAGUACUCCAGAUAUGGCUUGCGCUUGAGGCUCUGUUCUAUCUGGCAGUCUACCUACCUCUCAAUCAGCAUCUGCAGAAGGCUGCAGAUCACCCCACUCUUCCUUGCCGUGCCGAUCGCCGGAAGCUGUUCCACCAAUGCCACAACAAUAUCCCAAACCUCUCGUUGUAUUUGAGAAAAUGGUUUAGAGAUGCACCUGAGUCUGAGAUUAAACGCGAAAAUGUUAGAGAAUUCAUUCUCUGGGCUUUUUUAAAUACGGAUGACUUUGAUCCGAAUUAUGAAGAGGAGUUGGAGGAAUACACGCAGGAGAUUGAGAAGCUCUUGGGAAGAACCCUCGAGCCUGGACGAGGCAAUGCCAAAUGCUUGCGAUUAACUCUCGAUCGGGUGGAAAUGUUGCAUCGAAGUCUGUGGUGGUAUCUUUGCAUUUUUGUUGUUGACACAAUAGCAUUUGUUUCCAUGAGAUACCACUCCUUCAACUUUCACCGAACAUCACUACCCAAGUUCUUCACCACGUUUCCACUUCGGCCUCUUACUCUGUUCGCGACCUACGUGUCACAUGCGAAUGGCCUAACGUACUGGCAUCGUCCACACACGUCCAAGACCAAGCUUCCUAUCCUCUUCAUCCACGGGAUUGGUGUGGGCCUUUACCCGUACGUGAACUUUCUAGCCGAUUUAAAAUCCCAAGACAACAAGGAUCCAUCAGAUGGACAGGUUGGGAUUAUUGCUUUGGAGAUAAUGUCGAUAAGCUCUCGAAUUACACGUGAGGCUAUGCUGAAGGGUGAGAUGUGUGAUGAGAUUCGCCGCAUUCUGAGUGCCCACGGCUGGGAGAAGUGUGUGCUGGUAUCACAUUCAUAUGGCAGCGUCGUUGCUGCCCAACUUCUUCGCAAUCCCAAGACGUCCCAGAGCAUUGGCCCAGUCCUGUUCAUUGACCCUGUUUCGUUUCUAUUGCAUCUGCCAGAUGUGGCCUACAACUUUAUAUGCAGAGAGCCAAGUAUACCCCACGAGCAUCUACUCUCUUACUUUGGGUCUAAAGACAUAGGCAUAGCCCACACUCUCUUCCGCCGUUUCUUCUGGGCAGACAACCUACUAUGGAAGGAGGAUAUCCAAGAUCGGCCCGCAGCUGUGGUACUGGCCGGUAGAGAUAGCGUGAUCGACACAAGAGCAAUCCGAGCGUAUCUACAGGGUUCUGAAAGUUGGGCGUUGGAGGAGGCGGACGUGAGCGAUCUUUCGAGAAAUAGCGGUCAGAUGGAUGUUGUCUGGUUUGAGGACUUUGAUCACGGGCAAGUCUUUGACCACAAGAAAACAAGAAACAGUGUGGUCGAGAUUGUUCGAAUGUUUUGCCAAGGCGGAUAG